GCCACGGGACUCCCCCUCCUCCUCUCCCCUGCGCCUCAAAAGCGACAUCCAUGGUGCGAAGCCUCCCUUUAUGCGCUUUCCUUCAGGAUGGCAUUCUUCACGUUUCUCCGCUCGGUUAAAAAUGAACUUAUCCUCUUCUCGGCUCCCCUUCUGCUUCUCCCUCUGCCUUUGGUGAUCGGGACUUCGGAGGCAGAAUGUGCCUAUGUGAUAAUCCUGAUGGCGGUGUACUGGUGCACCGAGGUCCUACCGCUGGCUGUGACUGCUCUGCUCCCGUCUCUCCUUUUCCCCUUGUUUGGAAUCAUGCAGUCCAAGGACGUGUGCAUGCAGUACCUGAAGGACACGAACUUGUUGUUUGUUGGAGGACUGAUGGUAGCCGUAGCAGUGGAGCACUGGAAUCUGCACAAGCGCAUCGCUUUGAGGGUGCUGCUCUUUGUUGGUGUGCGUCCAGCGCUCUUGAUGUUGGGCUUCAUGGGCGUGACCGCGUUCUUGUCCAUGUGGAUCAGCAACACGGCGACCACGGCCAUGAUGGUGCCUAUCGUCCAAGCGGUGCUGGAACAGCUCAACAACACCGAGGCCGAAGCGCCUCAGAUCCUCAGUUCAGACGAGCAAACAACAGACACUGACAGCAAACCGGCGCAGACAGAGAAACAGAGCGAGGGACAAGGCCCGGUGGUGGUGACUUUCUUAGAUGCCACAACGGAAGCAGCCCGGCACAAGGAGGCAAUAGAAAGGCGGAAAAUGUGCAAAGGGAUGACCCUGUGUGUUUGUUACGCUGCCAGCAUCGGAGGCACUGCCACUCUGACAGGAACUGGUCCAAAUCUGGUGCUCAAGGGCCAAAUGAAUCAACUGUUUCCUGAAAACGGGGACGUGAUUAACUUUGCCUCCUGGUUUGGCUUCGCUUUCCCGAACAUGAUCCUCAUGCUCACACUGGCCUGGCUUUGGCUGCAGUUUGUCUUCAUGGGAUUCAACAUUAAGAAGACAUGGGGCUGCGGGGCAGUGAAGACGGAGAAGGACAUUGCUGCUUAUAACGUGAUCCGUGAGCAGCAUCGCCUGCUGGGGUCCAUGUCCUUUGGAGAGAUAAGCGUCCUGGGUCUCUUCACUUUGCUGGUGGUGCUGUGGUUCACUAGGGACCCGGGCUUUGUUGAAGGAUGGGCGACCCAUAUCUUCAACUCCCAAGCAGAGUUUGUGACAGACGCCACGGUCGCCAUCUUUGUCGCCAUCCUCCUCUUCGUUCUCCCCUCCGAACCCCCGCGUUUCUGUUCAUGGAGGAGACAUAGUUAUGACACAGCGCCUCAUCGACCUGCGGGCCCAACGCCACGUCUCCUCACCUGGAAAAUUGCCCAAAAGAAGUUACCCUGGGGCAUUGUGCUUCUUCUUGGAGGAGGUUUUGCUCUGGCAAAGGGCAGUGAAGUGUCAGGACUCUCCAAGUGGAUGGGAGAUCAGAUGACUCCCCUGCAAAACAUCCCUCCCUGGGGAAUUGCUGUCAUCUUGUGCCUACUGAUUGCUGUUUUCACAGAGUGCACCAGCAACGUGGCCACGGCGACGCUCUUCCUACCUGUCUUAGCCUCAAUGUCUCAAUCCAUUGGAAUGAAUCCGCUGUACGUCAUGGUGCCUUGUACCCUGAGUGCCUCGUUUGCCUUCAUGCUGCCUGUGGCGACCCCUCCCAACGCGAUAGUCUUCUCCUACGGGUACCUCAAGGUUGCUGACAUGGCCAAGACGGGUUUAGUCAUGAACAUCAUAGGCAUCCUUUGCAUCACGCUGGCCAUCAACAGCUGGGGCAGGGCCAUGUUUCACCUGGACUCCUUCCCUGCCUGGGCCAACACCACCGGGGUGUGAGCCUCAUUCUGCCACAGGAUGAACUAGCCUGCCCUCCCUAUGCAUAGGUGCCAGACAAAGACAUAUGGUUAGAGUGGUCAAAGCGCAGAACCAGAACCACAUGUGUCCAGAUGCUGCGAGCGCACGGGCCUCAUGCCCGCUUGUGAAAGGAAGUGGCGACGAAUAUGUUAGGGAGGAAGAGUGGUUGGAUGAAAUCUGUUCUGUAAUAUAAUGUAGUUAGUAAUGAAGAAAGCCCUUUAUACACACUGGUACAUCAACAUUUGUAAAAUUAAAGAGACUCUAGAGAACAUUCAGUACAACUAUAUUUGUUAUCAAAGGAACUCAAAGGAAGUGCAGCUCAUAGAGUUAAUUAAAGACGUUUUUGUGUAGUAGCCACAUGUUAAUAGCAAAAGGCUGUACUGUAUAAUUUAAGAAUGUAACUAAACUACAUUUUUGAGGUGCUUUACUUGAGGUUUUAUGUCACAUCUGCUUUCAUGCACUACAUAUCACAGGGACAUAAUGUCCCCUUUGUAUUAUCUUAUAUGUCUACAUUCAGUUUUCUUGUUAACAUUUUACACUGAAAGAAUUUUAUAAUUUUUUUUUUUUUUUUUUUUUUAAAUACAAUGAAUGCAUGAUGCUGCACCCCUGGCCAGAUAAAAAUAAAAUCCCACUUAAUGCAUUGGCAACGAUAAGCCAGUGACAUUGCAUGUAAUAGAAAAACACUGACAAGGAGCACUUCUACUACUGAGAAUGUUUUUGUGUCAAAAUCUGUAUUUUUAUUUAAGUUUAUUAUUGAAUAUAAGAAUAAAGCUGGAUCAUUUUUACAUUGUGGUUUUGCUACUUAAGCAAUUUAGAAUUUUUUUUUAUCACCGCUACUGUUUUGUUGCAAGAGCAUAUCUAUGGACCACUGACUCGACCAUAAGUAAACAUGAACUCUAGCCCUGUUCCUUUUAUCCAAACUGACCCCUACCUAUAGUGUCAUACGUCUAGCGUCAGCUGGACUUUGAAACCAGCCGUCAUAACAGAAGUGAGGAGAGCGUAUGUGCCACGUUCAGACCGUAUGUACUGUAAACACAUCUUCAGUAUUUCAGUCAUUGAUUUCUGUCCUGACAUACUGAAGUGUCUCUCUGCAAUAAUAGAUUCUAAAAAAUUGCAAUAAAGUGGUAUUUAAUAAUCACUGUAUAUACAUGUAUAUGUUUUUUCCCCAAUUCAAAUACUUUUGCACAUGAUAUAAAAAUAAAAACCUGACUUUUA